AUGUUUAUCUUGUCAGACGGAACUAUAAAUAUCAUUUUGUCACAUUUUUUUGUUAUUUCGGUUUCCUACAUUGUUUGGCGACCGCUCAUUAUUACUUGUAAAUUGUUAUGUGAAGGUGGUAACGGCAAACUAUUGAGGGAAUACAUAGGCGCCGAAGGCCUCAACGUCAAAUUCUCCGAUGUGCCGAUCAAUGAGAAUAUUGAGGUCCAUUUUAUUCUGUCCUUUGCCAUCGACUACACCAACUCUGCUUGCUCUCCCUCCCCAACAAACGGCAAUUUCAACGUCUUCUGGGACACCCAAAAUCUGAGCCCUGCGGACGUGUUGGAGAUUAAGUCGAAGCAUAAAAAUGUCAAGUUUGCUGUCAGCUUAGGCGGUGACAAGGUAGGAGAGGAUCACACCGAUGUACAGUUCAACACAUCGUCUGUGUCAUCAUGGACUAGCAACGCCGUUUCUUCUCUCACUAAGAUAAUCAAGCAAUACCAUCUUGAUGGCAUCGACAUCGACUACGAGCAUUUUGAUCAUUCCGAUCCCAAUACAUUUGCUAAGUGCGUUGGGGAAUUAAUCCUUCAGCUGAAGCAGCAAAAGGUCAUCUCCAUGGCAUCGAUUGCUCCGUUUGAAGAUGAAGGCCCAGUGCAGUCUCAUUAUAAGGCAGUGUGGAGGAAAUAUGGUCAAUUCAUAGACUACGUGAAUUUUCAGUUCUAUGCCUACGAUAGGAGUACCUCUGUCAACCAAUUUCUCAAGUAUUUCGAUACUCAAGCCUCUAAUUACAAGGGCGGGAAAUUAUUGAGCAGCUUCACUACAGAUAGCGGCUCAGGUGGCCUUAAACCAGAUAAGGGAUUCUUUGACGCGUGCAAAGAGCUGAAGAAAAGAGGGAAGCUUGAGGGUAUAUUCAUCUGGUCUGCUGACGACUCCAAAAAUUAUGACUUCAAGUAUGAAGUGGAAGCUCAAGCAAUAUUGGCCUCCGCCUGA